AUGGGUGGAAACGCAUUCAACACUCCUGCUCAACGUCUACCUCAAGCUCAGUAUGAUGCUCUCAAGGCUCAUGUUUUCGCAGCGCUUGCGACAUCAUUCGAGCAAAUAGAAUCACCUCGUAACCUUCGUUUCAAGACCGAUCAUGGCGAUCUUGAUAUUUUGGUUGGUUCUGCGGGAUCCAUUCCAGGAGGAGACGAAGAAUGGGUUCCACAGACAGCCGAGAACAUCAAGGACAACAAAACCGAUUUACCGAAACUUGAUGAUUCGCCUGACCCCGAUCCUCUCUUGUUAGAGGUUAUCGCCAAACUGGAUCUCAAGCCUGCCAAUGCACCUCAAGCCGAACCAAGUUCUGACGUCGUUUCACCCAAUGAUGGAGGAACGAUCAAGCUCAUGGGUACGGGCAAGAUGCUUCUUGGUAAAGAGGUGGAGGAUUUGAGAGGAUUGUGCGGAGAGAUGAGACAGAAUCUCAAGGCGACAGGGUGGAGAAGAAGAGGACCCGAGAUUAGCUUCAAGGUACCCUGUCAGAUAGUUACUGGGGACGAAGCAGUCGAGAGUAACGCCGAGAAGUUCUACCAGAUCGACGUCUUGUUGGUCUCUCCCGAGAGUUUCGACUUCAAUCACCUCAUGUCGUCCUACUCAUCCACAGGAGUACUCCUUGGUCGGGUCCUCCGUCAACUUUCGAAAUCUUUCACUUUGCAUCUCACUCAUUUGGUUGUGCGACACUUACCGUACUUCGGUAUACCCCCCAUCGACAUUACGCUUACCUCCUCACCCGAGGAGUUCUGCGAGUGGCUUGGACUCGAUUACCAAAAAUGGAAGACAGAAGGGGAGAGCUGGGUGACUGAGGUGGACUUCUGGAAAUGGAUGACCGAUGCCAGAGAAGACAGUCCCGCAGCUCAAGCUAUCAGAAGAAUGGCUGCGAGAAGUAAAUCUACGAUCGAUGAGGGAUUGAGCAAGAAGAGACGAAAGCGAGCAGACUUCGCAGAUCGAUUUUACGAAUGGCUACAAAAGGAGUCGGAUUGGGCACCUAGAAUUGAAACAGGCGAUGCAGCAACCUUACCACGAGAUUCAGUACCCCCCUCUCCAGCUCCUCUACCUACUCUAGGUCCUGAUGGUGAAGGGGGGACUUCGGCUCCGUCUUUGCCUUUGAUCAAUCAAGUAUUCGCUACGCCAGGCAGUGGUAAAUCCGGACCACCUGCAUCUUCAUACAAUCCUGAUAAUCCCUCUUUCAUUGAUCCGGAGCACCCUAAACCCCUUGAUUCCAGAGCAUCAGCUGCGAUCGAUUACUGGAAAAAACAAGAAGUUUAUGAAGCGAUAUUAGAGGAACGAAAGACCGUAGCGAAAGUGUUGGCUGAUAGACAAAGAGAUCGCGUCGAUAGGAAUGACAAGGCGACUGAUGGGGAAAACAAACAUCAAGAAGAGGUCAAAGACUGGUAA